AUGGCGACAAUGACUGGGAAACAUACCGUCCUGCCACCAUCGGCAUUUCUCGCCACACUGAUCUCAUUACUCUCUAUUGAGCAAGACGCUGAGGUUGCCGAGACCACUCUCCUCCUGUCAUCCACGCCACCCAGCACCCUUGCACGUGCAGGCCUCGCGAUUCUCAGCUUGUCAAUACAGUCCCUGAAGACCGGGCUCGGCGGCCGUUCAGUGGUGGAACUUGGACUCGACUCUGCCGUCAUUAACAAGGAUUCAAAGGGUGAAUUGCCCGAACAUGGAAUCCGCACGGGCGAUAUUGUCAGGCUUGGGGAGAUGCCCAAGGGCACGGCCAAGAAGAAGGAAGUCAAUGAAUUGAAAGGCAAAGGGGUCGAAGGUGUGGUAACGAGAGUUGGCGAGAGAGCCGUCUGGGUCGCCCUGGGCAAGGAAGGGGGAAGUGAUGAUGUCGAAGCCGUGCCUGAUGGGAAGCUAUGGUUGGUCAAGCUUGCAAACGAUGUCACUUUCAAAAGGAUGAAUCAAGCAUUGACAAAGCUGCUCAAAACACCUGAAUCGUCAUACACCCUUUUGCAGCGUGUGCUUUUGGGCCUGUCUUCUCCAGGCGCACCGGACCCACAACAAGCCAAGGACAUCGUGUUUCACGAUGCCACCCUCAAUGAUUCGCAACAAGAUGCCGUUCGAUUUGCGCUUUCUUCGCCAGAGAUCGCUCUGAUCCAUGGCCCGCCUGGUACAGGCAAGACAUACACGUUGAUUGAAUUGAUCUUGCAAUUUCUUAAGCAGGGCCAGCGGGUGUUGGUCUGUGGACCCAGCAAUAUCAGCGUGGAUAAUAUCGUUGAAAGGUUGGCAUUAACGGCCCCCAAUGUCCCCAUUGUUCGACUAGGCCAUCCAGCCCGCCUCUUGCCUAGCGUUUUGAAUCAUUCUCUGGAGAUUCUUACCCGAACUAGCGAGGCUGCAGAAAUCGUAAGUGAUGUGCGAAAAGAAAUGGACGAAAAGCAGGCCUCCAUAAGAAAAACCCGCAAUGGCCGUGAACGCCGUGCGAUAUAUGCCGACCUCAAGGAAUUGAGAAAGGAAUACCGUGAGCGGGAGGGAAGAUGCAUAGAUGGCCUCGUGAAGGGCAGUAAGGUCGUCCUGUCAACACUACAUGGUGCCGGUAGCCAUCAAUUGCGCAAUGAGCAGUUUGAUGUCCUGGUCAUCGAUGAAGCUAGUCAAGCCAUGGAGCCCCACUGCUGGAUUCCCCUGGUCUUUGGUGGUAAUGGCAUAAAGAAGCUGGUGUUGGCAGGCGAUCAUCUGCAGUUGCCUCCAACCGUUAAAAGUGCUGACAAUAAAGACAACAAAGCAGACAAGAAAGCCAAGAUCAAAAGCUUAGAGGAUGAGCUGGCGAAGCUCUCCAUCAAGGAUGAAGAAAUCAAAGCGGCGAAGAACUGGUCUUUGGAAACGACCAUGUUUGACCGACUUUUGGCAAUUCAUGGUUCUGGCAUCAAGAGACUGUUGAACACGCAGUAUCGUAUGCACGAGAAGAUCAUGCGUUUCCCCAGUGAUGAGUUGUAUGACGGAAAACUGGUUGCAGCAGACGCAGUCAAGGCACGACUUUUGAAAGAGCUGCCUUACGAGGUGCAGGCAACCGAAGACACCACCGAACCCUUGGUAUUUUUUGAUACCCAGGGAGGGGAUUUUUCCGAAAAGACUGAAGAUGAUUCAGGCGGCCAGGUGCACAAAUCCGUUUUGCUCGGCGAUAGUAAGAGCAAUGAAACGGAAGCAGCUGUGGCCGCGAUGCAUGUGACACAUCUCAUAGAGGCUGGUGUGAAAGAAGAGGACAUCGCAAUUGUGACACCGUACAAUGCACAGCUUGCCAUUCUUAGCUCUCUACUAAAGACAAGGUAUCCCAACAUUGAACUUGGCAGUGUGGAUGGAUUUCAGGGACGUGAGAAGGAAGCGGUUGUUGUAAGCCUGGUCAGAAGCAAUGCUGAGCAGCAGGUUGGAUUCCUGGCCGAAAAACGGAGAUUGAACGUGGCUAUGACACGACCGAAACGACAUCUGUGCGUGAUCGGUGAUUCAGAGACAGUGUCCAGGGGUAGUCCAUUUCUUAAGAGGUGGAUGAAGUUCCUCGAGGACAAUGCUGAUCUCAGAUACCCUAACCUUCAGGACCUGGAAUAG